AUGUUCAAAUCAAAUUAGACAUUAUAAUCUAUUACUUCAUCACUUAGAGAAUCAUUCCAAGCUCUUAAGGCCAUGACUGAUACUAAAUUUGACUAAGUUAAAGGACAAAAAAAGAAAUUUGAAUAAAUUACUCUAUGUUUCGAAAAAAUGAAAGGUUUAAAUAACGAUCAUUUGCCUGAAUAUGUUUCACUAAUGAGAUAGUUGGUCGAAUUCUUACACGCCCCUCAAUAUAUCAACUUCUAUAGGAAUUGUGAUAAGAUGUUAACUCAAAAUCUUGUUAAAAGUUGUGUUGUUGAACCAUUCAAAAAUAAAUUUAUGACUCCUAGACCUGAAGGCGGUUUUGAGCUUUCACGCUUUGCUUCUCACCCAAAUUUAUUAGAGGAUGUGAAUAAGAUUUUUAUUGAGCUCUUGGAGUUUAACUUACUGACAGAUAAGCUGAUGAUCAUAUUGAAACAAGGACUGAAUGACUAUAUAACUUUUAUAGAUUAAAAUAAAGUUAUCAAGGAGAGAUUUGGUCAAAUCACUAUGACUCAACUUAGAAUAUUAUUGAUAAAAUGCAAUUUAGCAGAUGAUGAUGCGAUAUUUAAUUAGAGUAAUAAAAAGUAGCUUACAGAAUUAUUUAAGAACAAGAAGGCGAGCAAUAUGUCAUAAAAGUAUUUGCAAGAACUGUGUCUGAUUAAUAAAGAGUUCAGUAAGGAAAAGAAAUAUUUAAAAAAAAUAUUCUCAGAUAAGAAAUCUUAUUACCAUUUUGUACGUGAUAUCAUACUAUGGAUACUUGAAAAGUUUAAGUACGAUUUCUCGAAAGAAGAAGUUUAAGAAUUUCUGGAGUAUCUUCGAAAAAUAUCUAAAAAUAAUCAUUCUUUGAUGUCUUCAUCAUAAAAGAAAUAGUCACCAAGCAGAUUACACCUUUUUAAAGAAGCAUCUCCACCUAUUGAUGAUUCAAUAAGACAUGAUUUCCAUUUCUCAAAUAAUGAUAAUGAAAUUUCGAGUGAUAAAUUAGCAUUUACUUUGAAAUAGCAUAGCCUAAAAAGACUUAAUGAUGAUAGCUUAGACAACAUCAAUAAAAGUUUUCAACUACCAAAAUUUAUAAAAUUUGUUGAGGAGUAGAGUAAAAAUGAUAUAAGUCAUAUUGCUAAUUCAGUCAGAAGUGAAAAUGUUGUAGAAACGUAAAGAAGUUCACCUUAAAACAAAUCUGCAAUUAAAAUAAUAAUGAAUAACAGUUAUCUAUGCAGUCCAUCAGGUACUGAAAAUAGUAACAAAGUAUUUUUUAAUAAUACACUCUCAUUGAACUAAAGAUCAUAAUAAAAACCUCUUAUUAGAGCGAUGACUACUAAGAAUAAUCGCAAUUAGACUGGUAGCUUUUUACCAAUAUAAUCACCAGAAAAAAAUACGAAAAAUAUGCUUGAUGAAAAAGUAAAGUUCUUCAAAAGAAUAACAACAGAUGAAAGUAGAGUAAUAAGUUAAGCUAGUGCCAAAGAUGGGACAAAUAAACCAAACACUGAUAUUUUAAAUCGUGUUAGAAGUACAUCAUAUGAACCAGGCAGAAAUGUAAUGAGAAUAAAUGGAAAUGUAACAGCUAACUAAGUUUACAGAACUGGCAACCUACAUAUUUAAAAUUUCAUCACUAAUAAUAAAUCUAAAAUUGAUCAAACUUAGACUUAAUAUAUGCUUGAAACAAGUAGCUUCAGCAUUUAAGACUUACUUAUGUAAAAAGGUACAAAAUGCAUAUGCCAAGGUAGUAGCUAUAAGAAAGCUCUGUAGAAUAAUUAAAAACACUAUUUUGAGGAAUAAAAAUUUCACAAAGUUGAUAGACUAAAUCUCUCUUAUCAAUAAUCAUCCUAAAAAUCUAAAAAAUCUUAAGAAGUCUGCGGAGAUCUUUGUAAGUAUCUCCAAUCAGACUAGCAAAGAAAUAUAAUUCAUAAAAUUAUGUUGAAAGAAAACGGUACUCUUAAUAAUAAAGCUAACUCAGGUAAAGUUGGAGAUAAAAAGUAUCUUGUAAACGCACUUUGGUGGAGAUAGUGGUGUGAUUAUGUGAAUUUUGAUUAAACUGACUUUUCAUCUUCAAGCCUGAAUGGCAGUAAUAAGUAGUUUAAUAUUACCCAAAUAAUACCAAAUAAUCAAUAAAACUUCAUUGAAUCUAAAUAAUAAUCUCAAAAUAAGUUUGCAUCUAGAAAAAUGAUAUUAGCCAAUGAAUCAAGCUAGCCCAUCAGCAAAAUCUAGUAAACAGAAGAGUCUGUUCCAUCAGAAAGUGCUCGAUAACGAUAAGACAGGUUUAGAGCUGAACUGAUGAACCUUAAAAAGAGUAAAUCAAGGGAGAGAGAAAGGGCAUCAUCUGAUUAUAGAGAACAUCCAGUAGUACCACUCCCAUAAAAUACUCUUAGGGAAUCUCUUAAUAUUCAAUAAAACUAAUAUGAAAAGCCAGGAAUUAUUUAGAACUAAGACCUUUUAAAGAAUGGUAGAAGUAUGCAUUUAAAAGAUAAUAUAGUUGAGCACUUUGAUUAUGAAGCAGUGCCUGCUUUAGUAUGGAAAUAUCUGUACUCAUGGUACUCAGCUGAUUGGUGUAUUAUGAGAUAGAUGAAGAAAGAUAGAGUUAAUGCUUUUGGAGUAUUUUUAGACCUCUAUCCAGAAUUAAAUCCAUAUGUCACUGAUGACAACAUUAUAGAUGACUUUGAUAACAGCGAUAAUGGGUCAAAUGACUCAUUAGAAAGAAUGAUGCUCAGCAUUCCUGAGCUUUCAAAGAAUAAAAUAAGCUGA